AAUCAAUCCGCGGCAGUUGUAGUGCUCCGGCUCCGGCUGCAGUCUCUUUCUCUUCUAAAGUCUCUUGUGUCCUAAUGGCUGAGGCCCAUCAAGCAGUUGCCUUCCAGUUCUCAGUAUCCGAUGAUGGAGUGUUGUUCCACGUUCAAUUGAAACCUCUUGCUCUAGCUUUAUGGAGACUGGCCCGUUCGCGUUGUCAAGGGAUACGGAACACAAUACUAAAAGGAAUAUUUCCUGCUACUCCAUUAUCAUUGUUGUUUGUUUCUGCUGGAGUAGCUGCACUUCAUGCAACAGGGACCCAUCCUUCGAUUGAUACCAUCUACUUUGGGCCAAGAUGGUAUAAUUCAAUGCCUAUUUGGAAUGUAUCAAUCUGUUUGAUCGAGUCACUGUUCUUCUGGACUAUACUCUGCUACAUACAGAGGUACACACUAAAGUGUCUCCUCCUUUAUAAAGGAUGGAUGUUUGAUUCAAGAGGGAAGAGGUCCCUCAAGACUAAAUUGUUUGCCUUGUGUGUCAAGUUAGUUGCUGGCACUAGUAAUCCUCUUCUUGGGAGCUACCAGCGGUCGUUGCCACGGUUACCGUUGCCAAGCAUCGAUGACACAUGUUCAAGGUAUCUGGAAUCAGUCCGCCCACUCUACAAUGAUGAAGACUAUGAAGCUAAGAAGAAGUUAGUUGAGGAUUUCAAGAGAGGACCAGCUUAUAAACUGAAUAGAUAUUUGUUCUUAAAGUCCUGGGCCUCUACUAAUUAUGUCACUGACUGGUGGGAGAAGUAUGUGUAUCAAGGUUGGAGAGGAUCAGUAAUGAUCAAUUCUAAUUAUUAUGCUUGUGAUCAUAUAGGAGUGCUCAAGAAUUCCAACCAGAUCCCUCGUGUUGCUUGCUACAUUCAUGCUGCCAUGAGAAUGAAGGAAGACAUUGAAAACGAGAAAUUAAAACCGUUGAUUAUCAAUGACCUCAUUCCUCUUUGCUCCAGUCAGUACACUAGGCUCUUUGGUACCUGCAGGAUACCAGGAGAGAAAGAAGAUGUGCUCUAUCAUGCUGCUCCAGAGGAAAGCAGACACAUUGUUAUCUACAGGCUGGGGAGGUGGUACAAGGUGAACUGUUACUCAAGGAAUAAGCUAUUGAACCCUGUUGACAUACAAUGGCAGUUGGAGCAGAUAGUGAAUGACACUGAUGUGGAACUGAUUCCUGGAGAGAAGCACCUAGCAGCAUUGACCAGUGCUGAGAGGCCAUUUUGGGCGUCAGUGAGAUCAGAGUAUUUCUCCAGUGGUGUUAAUAGUGAAUAUAUGACUGCCAUUGAGAAAGCAGCUUUCUUUCUGAACCUUGAUGACACAUCACCUGAACUAACACUGGGUGGAGAGAACAGGUCAGAACUAUUGACAGAUUAUUGUGUGAAGUUGCUUCAUGGAAACGGGUACCUUUUCUGGUUUGAUAAGUCAUUCUCCUGUAUAUCCUUCAAGAAAGGAAGAAUUGGAAUCAAUGCCGAACAUUCCUGGGCUGAUGCUCCAAUCAUUGGUCACAUGCUGGAGUAUAUAUCUCAUAUUGAGGAGGAGGCUCACUUGUAUGAUGAAGAUGGUAACUGUAUUGGUGAACAUGAUCAGAGCACACCUAAACCACAAAGAAUGAAAUGGAAAAUAUCAAAAGAAUGUCAUGAUAAAAUAGAGUCAGCAUAUAAAAAUGCUCAGUUGUCAGUCAGUGACAUUGACCUUUAUGUUAAUCAACAUGAUGCUUACGGUAAGGGUAUCAUUAAAAGGUGUGGCUUCUCUCCUGAUGCUUUCAUUCAAAUGGCACUUCAACUGGCCUACUACAGAGAUAGUGGCGGUAAAUUUUGUUUAACAUAUGAAGCUUCAAUGACUCGUUUGUACAGAGAAGGAAGGACAGAGACAGUAAGACCCUGCACUAUAGAGGCAGCUCAGUUUGUACAAGCAAUGUGCAACCCUCAAUCAACAAAGGAAGAAUGCAAGAGGCUCUUGAAGGCAGCAACAGAUAAACAUGUCCUUUCUUAUAAAAAUGCCAUGAUAGGUAAAGGGAUCGACAGACACUUGUUCUGUCUCUAUGUUGUAUCACGUGGUAAGGAUAUACCCUCUCCAUUUCUAACAUCUGUCAUUAAUGAACCUUGGAAACUCUCAACCAGUCAGACACCAACACAACAAACUGGGAGGAUGGAUUAUAAUAAUAAACCUGAUCUAAUAUCAUGUGGAGGUGGCUUUGGACCUGUCACUAAAGACGGAUAUGGUGUUUCCUACAUCAUUCCUGGAGAUUAUUUGUUUUACUUUCAUGUGUCCAGUUUCAAGAGUUCCCCUCACACUGAUUCUAGAAGGUUCUCUGGGAAUAUUGAGCAAAGCCUGUUGGAUAUGAUAGACCUGUAUGAUAUUGUAAUAAAGAAAGAGGAUGGACUCCAGUAUCCACCUAAUAAAUAAUAAAUAAAAUAAAGAAUAAUAAAUAGAAAUAAUUCAGGAACAAUAGAAGAUUAAUUAUGGAUUGUAGUUAUUCCAAUACUUUAUUUUGUUAGUUUAUUUAUUUAUUUUAUUUAAAAAAGAACUUAAUCAUUGAGAGAAUGGCUAAUGAAA